CUGGUACCGACGCGGAUCCAGGCACCCGAUCCCGGCUGUCCCGUCUAACUCCAGAGGGUUUUCUGCCCGAGCCUGUGCGGAUUUUGAUCGUAAGCCCAGGUGGCCAGCAGGCAUCCAGAGCCCGGUCCCAGCAGCAGGAGGCGAGCUGGGUCAGCAUGGAGCCCCUGGUCUCCCAGAAGGCUGGCUCGGAGCCGGAGGAGGGCUCUGGGGGGCCGCCCAGGAGUGUCCCGGAUGGGGUGGUCCUCCACGUGCAGCGGAGCAGCAGCCUGCGUGGCAGCCGGAGGCUGCAGCGCUCCAUCGACCACGCUGAAAAGCGAGGGAGCCUCAUGUCGUGGAUUCCAGAAAACAUCAAGAAGAAGGCGUGCGUGUAUUUCGUGGAGAGCUGCAAGCUUUCGGAUGCUGGGAAGGUGGCGUGUGAGUGUGGCUACACGCGUGAGCAGCACCUCGAGGUGGCCCCCCGGCCCCCCACCUUCCAGGGCAAGGAGUGGGAUUCAGAAACGCAUGUCAAGGAGCUGCCCACGGACGCCUUCGGCGACAUCGUCUUCACGGGCCUGGGCCAGAAGCUGGGGAAGUACGUGCGCGUCGCCCAGGACACGCCACCCAGCGUCCUGUACCGCCUCAUGACCCAGCACUGGGGCCUGGAGGUCCCCAGCCUCCUCAUCUCGGUGACCGGGGGCGCCAAGAACUUCAGCAUGAAGCCGCGGCUGAAGAGCAUCUUCCGCAGGGGCCUGGUCAAGGUGGCACAGACCACAGGGGCCUGGAUCAUCACCGGGGGCUCCCACGCUGGGGUGAUGAAGCAGGUGGGGGAGGCGGUGCGGGACUUCAGUCUGAGCAGCAGCUGCAGAGAGAGAGACAUCGUCACCAUCGGGGUGGCCACGUGGGGCACCAUCCACAACCGGGACAGUCUGAUCUGCCCCACGGGGUCCUUCCCAGCCAAGUACACCGUGGACGAGGAGGGCCAGGGCAGCCUCACCUGCCUGGACAGCAACCACUCCCACUUCAUCCUGGUGGACGACGGCACCCACGGGCACUACGGGGUGGAGAUCCCGCUGAGAACCAUGCUGGAGAAGUUCAUAUCGGAGCAGACGAAGGAGAGGGGCGGCAUGGCCAUCAAGAUCCCCAUCGUGUGCGUGGUGCUGGAGGGGGGCCCUGGCACACUGCACACCAUCUACAACGCCAUCACCCGCGGCACGCCCUGCGUGGUGGUGGAGGGCUCGGGCCGCGUGGCCGACGUCAUUGCGCAGGUGGCCGGCCUGCCCGUCUCCGCCGUCACCAUCGCCCUGAUCCAGCAGAAGCUGAGCCUCUUCUUCCAGGAGGCCUUCGAGACCUUCACGGAGGGCAGCAUCGUCGAGUGGACCAAGAUGAUCCAGGACAUCGUCCGGCAGAGGCAGCUGCUGACCAUCUUCCGGGAGGGCAAGGACGGCCAGCAGGACGUGGACGUGGCCAUCCUGCAGGCGCUGCUCAAAGCCUCGCGGAGCCACGACCACUUUGGCCACGAGAACUGGGUCCACCAGCUGAAGCUGGCAGUGGCCUGGAACCGUGUGGACAUCGCCCGCAGCGAGAUCUUCACCGACGAGUGGCAGUGGAAGCCCUCAGACCUGCACCCCAUGCUGGCGGCCGCCCUCAUCUCCAACAAGCCCGAGUUCGUGAAGCUCUUCCUGGAGCAGGGGGUGCAGCUAAAGGACUUCGCCAGCCACCGCACGCUGCUCUACCUCUACCAGCACCUCGAGCCCUCCUGCCUGUUCCACGGCAAGCUGCAGAAGGUGCUGGCCGAGGAGCCCGCGGGCGCCCUGCACAUGCACCACGUGGCCCAGGUGCUGCGCCAGCUGCUCGGCGACUUCACGCAGCUCCUGUACCCGCGGCCCGGCCACAACGAGCACCGGCGCUCGCGGCGGCUGUUGGUGUCCCCCAACAAGCCCAAAGUACGUGCUGGUGACAACCCCGCCCAGGAAAUAAACCUACAUGAGCACACGUCGGACCACGACACCUUCACCAUGGACCCGGUCCGGGAUCUUCUUAUCUGGGCUGUUGUCCAGAACCGGCAGGAGCUGGCCGGCAUCCUCUGGGCUCAGAGCCAGGACUGCACUGUGGCCGCCUUGGCCUGCAGCAAGAUCCUGAAGGCGCUGUCCGAGGAGGAGGAGGACACGGACAGCUUGGAGGAGAUGCAGGCGCUGGCCGAUGAGUUUGAGCACAGGGCCAUCGGGGUCUUCACCGAGUGCUACCGGAAAGACGAGGAGAGAGCCCAGAAGCUGCUGACCCGCGUGUCCGAGGCCUGGGGCAAGACCACCUGCCUGCAGCUGGCCCUGGAGGCCAAGGACAUGAAGUUCGUGUCCCACGGGGGCGUCCAGGCCUUCCUGACCAAGGUGUGGUGGGGCCAGCUGUGCGUGGACAACGGGCUGUGGCGGCUGGCCCUGUGCAUGGUGGCCUUCCCGCUGCUCUUCACGGGGCUGGUGUCUUUCAGGGAGAGGAGGCUGCAGGCCCCGAGCAGCCUGGCCCGCGCCCGCGCCUUCUUCACCGCGCCCGUGGUCGUCUUCCACCUGAACACCCUGUCCUACUUCGCCUUCCUCUGCCUCUUCGCCUACGUGCUCAUGGUGGACUUCCAGCCCACGCCCUCCUGCUGGGAGUACCUCGUCUACCUCUGGCUCCUCUCCCUCGUGUGCGAGGAGAUACGGCAGCUCCUCUGUGGCCCUGACGAGUAUGGGCUGAUGAAGAUGGCAGCCUCGUACUUCAGCAACUUCUGGAACAAGCUGGACGUCGCUGCCAUCCUGCUGUUCGUGGCGGGGCUGACCUGCAGGCUCAUCCCGGCCACGCUGUACCCCGGGCGCGUGGUCCUCUCGCUGGCCUUUAUCAUGUUCUGCCUGCGGCUCAUGCAUAUCUUCACCGUCAGCAAGACGUUGGGGCCCAAGAUCAUCAUCGUGAGGCGCAUGAUGAAGGACGUCUUCUUCUUCCUCUUCCUGCUGGCCGUGUGGGUGGUGUCCUUCGGCGUGGCCAAGCAGGCCAUCCUCAUCCACAACGAGAGCCGCGUCGACUGGAUCUUCCGGGGCGUCGUCUACCACUCCUACCUCACCAUCUUUGGCCAGAUCCCCGCCUACAUCGACGGUGUGGACUUCAACUUGGACCAGUGCAGCCCCAACGGCACCGAUCCCUACAAGCCCAAGUGCCCUGAGAGCGAUGAGACGCGGCAGCUGCCCGCCUUCCCACAGUGGCUGACGGUCACCCUGCUCUGCCUCUACCUGCUCUUCACCAACAUCCUGCUGCUCAACCUGCUAAUCGCCAUGUUCAACUACACGUUCCAGCAGGUGCAGGAGCACACGGACCAGAUCUGGAAGUUCCAGCGCCACGACCUGAUCGAGGAGUACCACAGCCGGCCGCCCGCCCCGCCCCCGCUCAUCCUGCUCAGCCACCUGCAGCUCCUGCUCAGGAGGGUCUUCCUGAAGGCCCGGGCCAAGCCGCACAAGAAGCUCAAGAACAAGCUGGAGAAAACCGAGGAGGAUGCGCUGCUGUCCUGGGAGGUGUACCUGAAGGAGAACUACCUGCAGAGCCAGCAGUCACAGCACGGGCAGAGCCCGGAGCCCCGGACCCAGCACAUCAGCAGCAGGGUGGACGCCAUGGUGGACCUGCUGGACAUGGACCCCGUGAAGCAGUCUGGCUCGGUGGAGCAGAGACUGGCUUCCCUAGAGGAGCAGAUGGCCCAGACGGCCAGAGCCUUGCACUGGAUCGUGAGGGCCCUGCGGGACAGUGGCUUUGGCUCGGAGGCUGAUGUCCCCACCCUGGCACCCCAGAAGGCCACAGAGGAGCCGGACGCAGAGCCUGGCAGCAGGGGGAAGACAGAGGAACCGGGUGACGGCUACCACAUCAACGCCCGGCACCUGCUCUACCCCGGCUGCCCCGUCACCCGCUUCCCCGUGCCCAACGAGAAGGUGCCCUGGGAGACGGAGUUCCCCAUCUACGACCCCCCCUGCUACACGGCCGAGAAGAGGGGCGCGGCUGCCACGGACCCCAUGGGAGAUGCCCUGGAGCCUCUGUCCAAGGUCAGCUACAACGCGGUGGACGGCCUGACCGACCGCCGGAGCUUCCACGGGGCCUACGCCGUGCAGGAGGGGCUGCCCCUGAACCCCAUGGGCCGCACGGGGCUGCGUGGACGCGGGAGCCUCCGCUGCUUCGGGCCCAACCACCAGCUGCACCCCGUGAUCACGCGGUGGCGGCGCAACCAGGACGGCGCCAUCUGCAUGAAGAGUGGCAGGAAGAUGCUGGAGGUGUUGGUGAUGAAGCGCCUGCACUGGGAGCACUGGGCCCUGCCGGGGGGCUCCCGGGAGCCAGGGGAGACGCUGCCCCGGAAGCUGAAGCAGGCGCUGGGGCAGGCGUGCUGGCUGCCCUUUGAGAACCUGCUGCGGCAGGGCACCGAGGUGUACAAAGGGUACGUGGACGACCCCAGGAACACGGACAACGCCUGGAUCGAGACGGUGGCUGUGAGCAUCCACUUCCAGGACCAGCAGGAUUCAGAGCACCCGCAGGCCUGCGACCCAGGGGUGUCCAUCCAGUGGCAGGUGGUGGACAGGCGCAUCCCGCUGUAUGGGAACCAGAAGCCCAUCCUGCAGAGGGCGGCCGCCCUGUUCGGGGCUCACUACUGACCCCGGACCCAGCCUGCGGCUCCACGCUCAGGGCCAGGCUGUCCCUGGGGGCCCCAUGGCGCCUGGGCUGCGCUCUCUAGUGGCCUGCACACGACUCGGCUGACCCCAAGGCCCACGUGGGCCUGGACUGCUGAGCAAGGUCGGUCUAGGCGGACCCUGCUUCGGCUGGUCACAUGGACUCAUCUCAGGUGGCCGAGAGACCUCGGGACAGGGACAGGUCGGAGCCGAGGGGCCACUGGGACCUGCAGCCUCACUUCCUGUCCUGAUGAGCUCGUCAUGAAUAGUCCCCGCGGCCGGGGCAGCCUGCCAUGCCCGACACGGCCAUGCAAGCCCCUGGUUCGGGGAGGCGACUGUGCGAGCCCAGGCUUCCCUGGGAGAUGCCCACCCUCUAGGGACCGGACUCUGCCGCAGGUGUGGCUGACGCCACGACUCACAGUGGCAGGAGCUGUGGGGGCGUUCGGGACCGGGAAUGGCAGAGACCGAGACAGGAGUCUCUGGCCAGCUUGGCCAGACCCCUGCGCUGUCUACAAAUAAA